ACGGAGCUACCCGCCGUGCAGCGGGGGCGGCGCGCACCGGAGCGCGCGGCCCAGGCAGCAGCGCGAUCCCGGGCGGGGCCGCGCCUGGGCCCUGAGGUCUGACCCCGCUGGCGCUGACGGUGACAACCGAUCCUGCGGGACUCCGCAGUCUCCCCGCCCUGAGUUACAGGCCCGGAGGGAUGGCGCCCCGGCUCCUCUGCAGGGAGGAAUUCCCGAGGUUUGGGGGCUCAGCUGCUAGGCCAGGGGCCACAAAGAUGAUUAUGACCUAGUCCCCGCCACCAAAGUGUGCCCAGGCCAGUAGGCCGAGCGCAGCAGACAGUAGCAUCAGCCCCAGUGAAGGGCGUGGGCUAUGGGGGCAUAAAGGGUUUAGUGAAGGGCGGGGCCAUCUGGAGGGCUUCUUGGAGGAGGCUAUAUCCGGACUGGUCAGAGCGAGGGCGGAACUGCGUGGUGCGUGCUGGCAUGCGCAGGUACUUGGCCGUGCCCAGGUCAGUACGGUGGGGAGGCAGUCGGGGCCAGGCCCUCGUGCAGCGCUGCCGGUCUUCCGAGGAGCAGAGGAACACGGCUGUUUCUGGGGUAGGGGUGGACCCCGCCAUCAGAGGGGCAGCGGCCGGCCGGACCUGGCGGGAAAGCAGGUGGAAGCAGGUGCCUCAGCCCAGGAGAGACAACAGGCCUCGCUCAAGCUGGAAGGGGGGAAUGAAUAGGCAGGGACGGGCGCGACCAAUAUCACAGGUAUUUCAGGUUUUGAGUAUUUGAUCUGUCCAUCAAGAUAAUGUCAAAGGACAUAAUAAAUUCGGGAGAACAUUCACUUAUAGUUCAUCAGAGAAGGGACCCACAGGUGUCCGCUGACAGAACAUUUUUCAUCGAUGCUUCUAAUCAGAACCUGACUGCGAUUCCGUUGGAGAUCUUAGCAUUAAAGGAGUUAGAAGAACUGCAUUUGGAAAACAACCAGAUUGAAGAAAUCCCCCAGGAUAUUCAACGUUUAAAGAACCUCCAGGUCCUCUAUUUGAACAAGAACAACCUGACGGGCCUGUGCCCAGAACUGGGGGCGCUGAGCAGCCUGGAGGGUCUGGACCUGAGCUACAACCCCUUCCUCCCUUCCUUCCCCCACGUCAUCAGCAGCCUCCGCGCGCUGCGGGAGCUCCGGCUCUACCAGACUGACCUGAGGGAGCUUCCCGUCGGCAUCUGCAAAAACCUCCACCACCUGGAGCUGCUCGGGCUGGCCAGAAACCACCUGAAAUCUCUGCCCAAGGAAGUCGUGAACCAGACCAAGCUGCGCGAGAUCUACCUGAAGCAGAACGAGCUCGAGGUGUUCCCGCAGGAGCUCUGUGUGCUCUGCAACCUGGAGGUCAUCGACGUGGAUGAGAACAGGAUUCACGCCAUCCCGGAAGAGAUCGGGCAUCUGACGGAGCUGCAGAAGCUCUACGCGGCGCACAACCGUCUGCCCUCGCUGCCGGAGUCGCUGUGCAAAUGCAGCAAGAUGGCGGUGCUCGACGUGUCCCACAACCUCCUCCACUGCAUCCCGCACUCGCUCGCCGGGCUCACGCAGAUGACGGAGAUCGGGCUGAGCGGCAACCGGCUGGAGAAGGUCCCGCGCCUGGUCUGCAGGUGGGCGCUGCACCUGCUCUACCUGCGCGACACCGGCCUGUGGGCGCUGCGGCGCUCCUUCAAGCGGCUGGGCAGCUUGCGCUUCCUGGACCUCAGCCAGAACCACCUGGACCACUGCCCGGUGCAGAUCUGUGCGCUGAAGAAUCUGGAAUUCCUGGCGCUGGAUGAUAAUAAAAUAGGGCAGCUGCCUUCAGAGUUUGGCUCACUUUCAAAGCUGAAGAUACUCGGACUCACAGGAAAUGAGUUCUCUUACUUUCCGGAGGAAAUCUUCUCCUUGGAGUCUUUAGAGAAGUUGUACAUUGGGCAGGACCAGGGGUCUAAGCUUACCUGUGUGCCAGAACACAUCGUGAAACUGCAGAGUCUGAGAGAGCUGUACAUAGAAAACAACCAUCUGGAGUACCUGCCUGAUGCCCUGGGGUCAAUGCCUAACCUGGAAGUUCUGGACUGUCGGCACAAUUUGCUUAAGCAACUUCCGGAUGCCAUUAUCCAAGCACAAGCUUUGAAAGAAUUACUGCUGGAGGACAACUUGCUCACCCACCUCCCGGAGGAUCUGGAUCACCUAGUCAGUCUGAGGGUUCUGACACUGAGGAACAAUCCCAUGGAAGAGCCCCCGAUAGAAGUGUGUGCUGAAGGCAAUGAGGCCAUCUGGAACUACCUGAAGGAAAACAGAAAUAAGAAAAUCCUGUCAACAAAGAUCCAGGCUUGGUGGCGUGGGAUGAUGGUGCGCAAAGGACUUGGGAAAUUCGAAGAGCUAGUAAAAGUUCGAAAGAAAGGAAAGAUCUCUCCAAAAGACAAGAAAGGAAAGAAAGCUGCAAAAGGAAAACCUGGGAAGGGAAAUAAGAAAUAACUCUAGAAGUCGAUGAACUGAGGUAAUGAACCCUAAUGGAUUAAGAAGGCAGAAUAUCUAGGGAUUCGAUGCUGACCACACAAAAAGUAUUCACAAAGUGGUGCUUUUUGUAAAAAUAAAGGAUUCUUACUUUUACUGAA